ACACAUUAAAAACGUCAAUCAUCGCUGCGCGCGUCUUGUAAACAAAACGAAUGCAAACGUGAGAACCGGCUUCAAAAAACUUGAUUCCUCCUCUCUACUUGAUUUCCGGCAAAAAUGGCUCAAUCCACGGUCUCAAACCAAUCUACGCUGCUGCCACUGGAACUGGUGGACAAGUGCAUCGGGUCGCGCAUUCACAUCAUUAUGAAGAACGACAAGGAAAUCGUGGGAACGUUGCUCGGCUUCGACGACUUUGUCAACAUGCUGCUGGAGGACGUGACCGAGUACGAAAACACCCCCGAGGGCCGCCGGAUAACGAAGCUGGACCAGAUCCUGCUGAACGGCAACAACAUCACCAUGCUUGUUCCUGGAGGUGACCUGCCAGAAGCUUCGUAAAAUGAUUAAAGUAAAAUAAAUUGUUUCAAUAA